UGACGGGCUUGUUCGGGCGGGUAACAUUACCAAGAUGGCGGCACCCUCAGCUGCGAGCGCCGUGGACGUUCAGACUCGAUUCGGCCACUCGGUGAAGGGACUGUUGACCGAGAAGGUGACCAGCUGCGGCACGGAUGUCAUCGCCCUCACCAAACAGGUGUUGAAGGGUUCGCGGAGCGCCGAGGUGAGAGAGACUACGAGGCCCAGAAAGCACUGCGCUGGGGCAAAACUUUAGACCGGCAGCAGGGGAGCGCAAUGCAUGGUGGGAUUUGUAUUCUCGUUGGGAUGCCGGCUGCUUUGGAACUGCUCCAGCUUCCUAUCGCUUUAAGGGGUGUGUGGUGCCCUAGGCAUGGGGGGAGGGGGUUGGACAGCAGCUGAGUAGUGCUUUCCAUUGCACUCCUUGUUCUGGUUUUAAAAAUGGGUAUCGAAACGGGGAUUUAAAAUCAAAAGUUCUCAGCACACUUGCUGUUUCCACCUCCUUUUAAAAGCCGUAGUAGUUCUCUCCCACUAGCUGCAAUAAUAAAAUACUGUGCUCUGCCCCGUUCGGGCUGACAGAUGAUUGGCAAUCGAAUCCUGGUCUGCCUUUCUGCAGAGAAGCCUGCAGGAUUGGGCCAGCAUCAUCUUCUCACAGUAUCUUGCCAGAUGCCUGUGGGAAGUCCCCAAGCUAGACAUGAGAACAACAGCCUUCUGCCCACCUGUGAUUCCCAGCAACUGACAGUCUCCAAGUUGAGAAAGGGGUGGGGGUAGGGAUUUGAUACAAGUUGCUUGCAUUUAUUAAAGAACAUAAGUGAUGAUGCUUUUGAAAAGGACAAAAGCCCUGUUGUUUUUGCCUGGGAGGGAGGAUUUUGACUUUUUAACAGUCAAAAUUUGUAAAAUUUAUUCCCUAUUUUGAGGUAUUACAUGCAAGUGGCUGAACACAUCUGCAAGAUAUGUUGGCCUUAAAAGCAAGAAGUUGUCAAAUACAGAAGUAUAUCGGGGGGGUGUUUGGAAGUACUUUUUAUUUAUUUUUUUGCUCCCAUACAGAAAACAUUAAAAUUCUUCCACUCAUGAGAAUAAGGUAUAAUAGAGGUUAGCCGCUCCCUGCAAGGCCCCUUCCACUUGGCCUAGUGGACGAGGCCUAGACUCACCAGCCCUACUGAAGAGGCUCCUCAUGAGGCCAAAGGAACAUUGCCUGGCUAUUGUUUUAUUGAUUUAAUAUGCUGUAAACCGCUUUGAGAUUUUUAUUAAAAAUAUAAAGAUAAAUAAAUAAAUAAAUAAAUACCCUUGCAGAGAACUCCUGGCAGAAUGCAAGGAGGCGGGUGCAGGACUCAGAGCAAAUCUGUUGCCCCUCUCAAAGUGCCACUUGAGGCAACAGCCUCAGAGAGGUUCAUGGGGGGAGACUGCAUGGCAUUACCUAUUUUCUGGGACUCCCUGGGUUAAAACUCUGGGAGAUGAUUUAUAACGAGGUAAAGAGAAUAUUUAAGGAGGCUCUACCCAAAAGACCAGAAGCUUUUCUUUUAGGGGUAACUGGGACAGAUGUACACAAAAAAAAAAUCUUGUAUGUGAGCAAGAAUACUAUAUGUACACAAAAAAUUGUGAGAUGAGGCAGUACCUACUAAAAAGGAUUGGCAGUUGAAGCUGAUGGAAUAUGCUGAAUUAGCAAAUUUAACUAGUAAAAUUACAGAGCAAGAUGAGACUUUUUUCAAGGAGGAUUGGAAAAUGUUUGUAGAUUAUUAUUUUUUUAUUGUAAACAUGUUAAAACGCAAGCAGGAUUUGACUAAGGACAGCAGAAAAUGUAUACUGCGAAUACGGUGGAGGAGAGAAGGUAUAGAAUAAUUAUAAUAUGCAGCAGUACUAGGAAAUUUGAGGAAACCAUGGAAGGGUAGAGGGGAAGUCAGACACUAACGGAAUGCUGAUUGGAAAAUGCUGUACAAUUUGUUUUAUUUUCUUUUGAAAAACAUAUAAAUAAGAAUUAGUCAGUUUAUUGUGUUUUAGCAGACAGCCAUUAUACACAUGAAAAUGAUAACAAAAAUAUUAAUAAUAGAGAUUUACAUUUCUGCUCCUUAACCUUUAAAGGAUAAAUCAUUUCCUAUAACCCCUUUAAGUUUAAUAGCAUGGAUUUGUAGAGCCUUAGCAAGAAAUUCAGAUAUUCUGAAAGGAUAUAUACUUCUCUACAAGAGACAGCAAAAAACAAGUAUUUGCUGGGGGUGACCUUCCCUUAGCAAUGGGUGAAUAGUAGCACAUGAGUUGUAUCUUCUAUUGACACAGAGUUGCAACCACAAACUUUGUCAUUCUUAGGAAUUCCUUUGUGCCAGCUAAUCUAGUCCUCUAGCAGAAGGACAUUUAACCUUGCUUGUGUAAAGGCUACCCUCAUUUUAAUGUUUGGUAGGUCUACCAGAUAUCUUAGAAGGGAUAAGUUCAAUGGAAUAAAGGAAGCAUACAAAUUAAUCAAUUGUCAAGUCUCGAUUUCAGCUGCUCGUGAUUGCAUCUCAAUGUCCCCAAGCCUUUGGAGCAGGGGUCAGCAAACUUUUUCAGUGGGGGGGGGGGGGCGGUCCCUCAGACCUUGUCAGCGGCCGGACUAUGUUUUGAAGAAGAAGAAAUGAACAAAUUCCUAUGCCCCACAAAUAACCCAGUGAUGCAUUUUAAAUAAAAGGACACAUUCUACUCAUGUAAAAGCAUGCUGAUUCCCGGACCGUCCGUGGGCCAGAUUUAGAAGGUGAUUGGGCCAGAUCUGGCCCCCAGGCCUUAGUUUGCCUACCCAUGCUUUGGAGUAUUAAUUCUUUAGCUUACUUGAAACCUUGUGUCAAAAGAAAAGAGAAUUCCAAACUCAUGGCAGCCGACUGCAUGUUUCCAUGAGUCUCAAAUAAUAUAUUUUUUUAACCCUCUGUUAAGCCUGCAAUAAUUCUUACAUUUAGAUUGCUUAAAUGCUAUUGAAAUAGUAAGCUAUGAGCAGAAUUGGCACCUUUGAGGACCAGUGGAAUGCUACAUCACUGGCACCUAAGAACAGGAAACUUGUGUAUCUUACUGUGGCUUCCAUGUCUUUCAGUUCUUAGGACAAGCUGCCAGAAACAUGGUGAUGCAAGAGGAUGCCAUUCUGCACUCAGAAGAUGUAAGAAAUACUUGAGCUACAAAAGUGGGGACUUUGUCAGAUAACUAGGUUCUUCUCUGUGAACUGCAAGACAUGGGAAAAAGAGGAGGUGACUCGUAAAGUGCAGGGUUAGGAAUUGAAAGGUGUUUGUUUCCCCGCCAUUCCUAACAUGAUCUGGACUUCACCCCAGAAGCACUAUAGGCUACCUGCCUUUAUCAUUUUCAAAUAGUCUACAUUAGUGUUUAUGUAUUUAUCAGAAUAAGGGACGCAGGUGGUGCUGUGGGUAAAACCUCAGCACCUAGGACUUGCCGAUCGCAUGGUCGGCGGUUCGAAUCCCCGCGGCGGGGUGCGCUCCCGUUGCUCGGUCCCAGCGCCUGCCAACCUAGCAGUUCGAAAGCACCCCCGGGUGCAAGUAGAUAAAUAGGGACCGCUUACUAGCGGGAAGGUAAACGGCGUUUCCGUGUGCGGCUCUGGCUCGCCAGAGCAGCUUCGUCACGCUGGCCACGUGACCCGGAAGUGUCUGCGGACAGCGCUGGCUCCCGGCCUAUAGAGUGAGAUGAGCGCACAACCCUAGAGUCUGUCAAGACUAGCCCGUACGGGCAGGGGUACCUUUACCUAUUUAUCAGAAUAGCCUUGACAUUAGUAUUAAUGGUUAGAUUUAAAGAGAAUUAAACAGUCAUUGGCUUAUUGUUAUCUAUACCAAGAACGUUACCAGCUUUGAGCUAGACAAAAAAAAAAUCAUUCAUCUCUAGUUGUUCAUCUUUGAAAUAUGGGACUGUGGACAUUGCUACAUACGGUUGGCUUAUAUAUCUGUGCAUCCCCGCCCCAAUAAUUCCCAUCUUGUGCCUUCAUGAUUUAUGUUGGCGUUUCAGUAAGUAAGUGUAUGGGGGGGGGCCUCGUUUAAUUUCACUGCAUACAGGUGGUGUAGUGACAAUAAAGGUUUAUUAUUUAUUAUAUUAAUUCUUGAGCAGUAUUGGCAGUCUACAGACUUCUAGGUGAGCCAGUCUAUGUGGCAAGGGAGCUUGCUCAGCUUCUGUGGCUAAGAGGGGAACUCUGCUUCCUAGGAAACUUAACCAAAACUAGAAAAUGCAAUUACAUUUUCCCAUAAUUUAUACAGUUGCUGGUGAUGAACCUUAGGCCAUGGCUGGUGGCAGAUGGUAUGGUUGGUUACAGAUGGUAUGUGAGCUGUAUGUUGUCCAGCCCAAGCCUGGUAGAUUUUUAUUUUUUAUUUUAAUCAAGCUUGCCAAUUAGGAAUCUUGCUUGUUGCUCUCAGGAUUAGAAUUCCAAAAUUACUGAAUUGAAUCUGAAAUCCAGUAUUAAAUAAAAUUAAAAGGGAAGCUCCCAAAUGAGUUCUAGGAGGGUGUGUCAUGAUCAGAACUGAAAAAUUUGGAAGAAUGUAUGAAGUGGCUAGGUAUUGAGCUGGAAAAAUAAAAUUGUUAAAUAAAGUUAAUUUCAAAAGCUUUCAGAUCAUUCAGAACACUAGGAGAGUGUAACACAAAAUGCCAUGAGUAAUGAUUGAGAAUCAUAGUGAGGGGAAAUCUACCGUAUUUAAUAUUUUCUCCUUUGCAGAGUUUAAGGAAAAUGGCCAUUAUAACUACUCAUCUGCAGUACCAGUAAGUAUAUGCAUUGUGUACUCUUUAUUUGAUUGACCAGGACUAUUAAAAUCUCAUCCCCUCUAAUGUUUCCAGUGUCCAGGCUGUGAUGUAACCAAAACUUCACUUACCAAACACAAAAGUGACAUUUCAGCAAGCUUGGGGGAACUUCAUGAUUUGCAGAAGUAGAAAAACAUUUUUUUUGGGGGGGGACCCUAAGGAGGAAAUCUUCCCAAACAUGCUUAUUGUCCAAUGAAUGCUGUCUGACUGUUGGGGAUUGUAGAAUGGAACAAAAAAUGCUGGAAUCUUGAACAGCUACACUCCACACUGCAUUAUUUUGUUACUCUUGUCCUCUACUAUCAGCAUUCCAAGAUAGCUUCUGUUAUUAACUACUAAGAUAAAAUAGCUAAAUUGAUUCUUAGGUUGUUUUACCUUACACAUCUCUGAGAAGCAUCUAAUGGCCAUCAUAAAAGGAAUCUUCAGAAGUAGGAUUUAUCUUUUUGCAGCUUUACUUCACAAGCUUCUUUGCAACACUGGUAGCAAUUUCAGGAUGUCAGUUCAGUUCUAUAUAUCAUGGAAGUGAAGUCAAUCUGAUACUCGUUCAUUUAUUUAGCCUCCUGAAAUCAGGCCGCCUUUCAUCAGUUCAGAAUUCAGUUCAACCUGUUUGUGUUCUUAAGCACCUUGCAGCCAGUUUCCUUAUAAUUUAUUUUAUAUUGACAUUUUUUUUUUCUAGGCAAGAAGCUAUUCAGAAAAAGUAAGUUUGCUCUGCUUUAUUUGAGUGGCUUUUACACUCCCCCUUGUUGCUACUUUUGCCUUUUCUUCUGUUCGUGUUAUUUUGAAUGUAAACCAAAUAGGUUAGAACUAUAUCACCUCUGUACAAAACUGUACAAAGGUGGCACACUGCUGGUACCAAAUAAAUGUUAAAUAAUAGUGAUAUUGCUUGAUUUUUAAAGUGUAACAUAGUAAAAACAGGUAAAAUGUGCGAUGAAAUAAAUACAUACAUAAAUAAAUAAUAACCCAGAGCCUUUAAUUUAUGAACUGCUUUUUAUGAAGCAUCUUGAAGCAGUUUACAAUAUAAUAAAAGCAUAUAUAAAACUGUUUGAUAUAUAAAAAUGGUUUUAAAAAGGUGAGUGGACCAAGAAGGCUAUACUCUUUACUGUUUUGGCUUUUUCCACCAUGGUUUCUGUUUCCUGCUCUACUGACCUCCAUUUGUGAGAGUAAGGCUUACUACUGGUGAGCAGUCCCUGUUUAACACAUUGGGACUUAUUUCCAAGUAAACACCCACAGGAUUGCACUUCAAAGGUUCCUCUCCUAGGUGACAUCCUGAUCGCUCAAGCUCAGAUUCAUUCUGCCAAUGAGCCUCAUGCUUAUGGCUUUCGUUUAAAUUGUCCCCAUUUACACCUCAUUUCUUCCUCACCCUCAUUUCUCAGUCAGAAAGAUGUGCAGUCCAAUCCUAGACAUGUUUAGUUGGAAGUAAGUCAGGACUCCCUCCAAGAUAAGUAUCUAGAAUGUUGGAUCUUUAGCUACUUGGUUGUUGAUGCAAUUGAAUUGAGGCCUGGGUGUAAAGUGGUUUUGUUAGGUAAAAACAAACAUUAUUUCUAUUUUUUUAAGCUGCUGCAAGAACCUUUUGGGUCAGUCAGUGGGAUAUUAAAUGUUAACCUUUAAAAUGGAAGCAUCUGUUCCCUUCUUGUUGACGUAGGGUGUCCUCUAAAGGAUAUUUUGGGAGGGGCGAUUAGUGGACUAAAUCAGCAGAUACCUCCCCAUUUUGUCCUGAAAACCCUGGUCCAUCUUUACAUUGCAGAAGCAGCCCAGACUGGCCCAUUUACAGUCAAUAUUUAAUAUAUUGUAAUAUCCUUGAGUGUCUAUUGAAGUCUUCCUUCUCAUCUUCAGUGUUGAACAGUCUUCAAAUUUGCGCGACCAACUGACUCACCUUCUGAAAUGAAGAGAGACUGUUGCACGGUGUUAAAGAGCUGAUAGAAACCACUGAGAAAAUACAUGUCUGAGGACUUAUGGAGACCCUUCCUCUAUUCCUUCUUCACCAAAUGCACUAUGGGACUGAUCUCAUCCCCAAAUAAUCUGCGAGUUUGUAAUGAUGCAAAGUGUACAUUGCACAGUGUAGAAGAUUCUGACCUGCAAAUGGAGGAAACUCUUGGAUUUUUUCCAUCGCCAAUGUUGCAGUUAUAAAAAGCUGGCUAUUUUAAUGUAUCUAAUUGCAGACUGCAAUCCCAUGUGUGCAUAUUUUUAAUGGAUUAAUUUUUCCAAGGAUUUACACUUCUGGAGAUCACAAAUGAAAUAUAUCUUGUUUUGUUUUAGAGUGCUUUAAAGGAUGAAACUCUUCUCUGUUCAGAGCUCGGUCAGAUUAAUCAGUAGGCUGAAAUUUUUCAUGUUUCAGGGCUGAGGAAUACAAUCUCAUGGUAGCUGGAUGAGCACUAGAAAGCUGUUUGAAAAAGCUGGAUGCAGGUGGUUCCCUGUGUAUGGUUAUUGUGCAUAGGUUCAACCAUCACUUUGUACUGGCAUUUUGCAUCCCUGAACAUGAAAAUCUAUCUAGUUUUACUACCUAAGUAAUUACAGAAAGAGUUAGAGGACUGGAAUUUUUCCCUUCCCAACUUGGUCUUUGUUUAGUGGGAGCUGAGUGUGCAGAGAUGAAAUUUGACAGCUUGUUUAGAUUUUCUUUAAAAGACUUAAGUUCAUCCAAUUUGCAAAUAAAUCAAUCUAUAUACAUCAAUAUAUAUAGCUGCCAAUGGUUUCUAAUUUAAGCUGCAAUCCUGUGCACAUUUAUCUGGGAAUACCGUAGUCCCCACUGAACACAUGGAACUUAACUUUUGUAUUAAUAUGCAUAGGAUUAUACUUUAAAUUUAUUUUCCCUUAUUUCUUAAUGCAGUUUUAGCUACAUGAGUGUGAGCUGUUCUGAAACUACUUGAGUUUGUGUAUUUCCUUUGCAGAAAGUGUUUGAAAGAGGUCCCUUAAGUCUGUACAUCUGCUGUCAGUUUUGGCCUUGGGCUACAUUCCUAAGCACUCACUGCUAUUACGGCUCGUGAUUAAGCAGCCUUGGCUUCAUUAUGUAAUAUCCUACAGAACCAGUAAUCUAUUCAGAUAUACAGCUGCAGAUGUACAUGCAAUAUCUUAUUUAUACAGUGCUGUGGCUUGAACCAAUUUAAAGCCCAUGGGAAACAGAACUGAUCUAAAAUACGUAUUUAAAAUAUAUUUGCAUUUCCUUUU